AUGAGGAUCGAUAUUAUUUUCAUUCUAAGUCUUUGCAUUAAAAUAGUCUAUCUUCAAACUUGUUCAAAUUUUGAUAUUGGUAUUGAUCGUUCUGGACCAUGGUAUGCUCAUAUUCGUACGAUAGUAUCACCGGAUGAAUGUUGUGGUCUAUGUAAUGCUGAAGGUACAAGAUGCCAGUCAUGGGUAUAUGUUACUAUAGGUGCUGCGAUUACAUCUGGUUGUUAUUUAAAAGAAAAUAUUCCAAUUGUAAAUGAAACAUCAACUUGUGGACCAUUUUGUACGAGUGGAUUUAAAGAAGCAUCAUUGGUACUUAGUGGUCGAUGUGCAUUUCCUGGUGGAAUAUAUGAAUUAGCUGUUGACCGACCAGGUCCUAGAUAUGUUCGUUUAACAAGUAUUCGAAGUCAUCCAGCUUGUUGUGCAAUGUGUGUGUUGGAAGGUGAAAAAUGUCGUUCAUGGACAUUUAUUCGAAGUGGAGUAGCAGAUAAAGAAAGUGGAUGUUUAUUGAAAAAUCAAGUUCCACCAAUAAGUACUGUUCCUUGUGUAGCCUGUACAUCUGGUACAAAAUAA